GACUGACCCACACCAAAUGCAUACGCACACACGCCACCAACACCUUCCCUCUCCCCCUCUCGGCCGGCCCACUGGUGUGGUACCUCGACAUAAAAAUGCCUCUCCCUCUCCCUCCCUUCUUCAUCUUCCUCCGUCCACUCCGGGGCGCCAUUGCCUAGAAUUGAUCAAUUGAUACUGCAAUCAAGGAAGAACACCAUAGCUGCAGAGGUACUUAUGUAGGUUGCUGUUCAGGAGGAGGAGGAGGAGGAGGCGAUCUCUGUACAUUUUGAAGGAUUUUUGAAGUUCAGUCUUCAGACUAAAAGAGACACAGGUGGCCAAGAUGACUGCUGGUUUCCAGCUUGGUGUGAUCGGAUCACUGACGCUCUCAGUGGCAUCAUCGGUUUCCAUUGUCAUCUGCAACAAAGCUCUCAUCAGCACUCUCGGAUUUCCAUUUGCUACUACAUUAACAAGCUGGCAUCUCAUGGUGACCUUCUGCACCCUUCAUGUCGCACAACGUAUGCGCUUUUUUGAACCGAAAGCGAUCGAUGGGCAAACUGUAAUCCUAUUUGGGUUGCUGAAUGGGACAUCAAUAGGCCUUCUCAACCUCAGUUUAGGAUUCAAUUCCAUUGGAUUCUACCAGAUGACAAAGUUGGCCAUCAUACCCUUCACAGUAAUGUUGGAGACCAUCUUCUUAAAGAAAAGAUUCAGUGAGAGUAUCAAGUUUUCUCUGCUGAUCCUGCUACUUGGAGUUGGCAUUGCUUCUGUCACUGACCUCAAGUUAAAUCUUCUUGGGUCUGUCCUUUCUGGCCUCGCCAUCGCCACAACUUGUGUUGGCCAAAUUCUCACCAACACAAUACAGAAGAGGUUAAAGGUCUCUUCGACGCAGCUUCUGUAUCAAUCCGCGCCUUACCAAGCGGCGAUCCUGUUCGCAACCGGCCCCUUCGUGGAUCAGCUCCUCACCAGCCGCAGUGUCUUCGCCCACAAAUACACGGCUCCAGUCGUGGGUUUCAUCGUUCUGUCCUGCCUGAUCGCGGUGUCCGUGAACUUCAGCACGUUCCUUGUGAUCGGGACGACGUCGCCGGUGACGUACCAGGUGCUGGGCCACCUCAAGACGUGCCUGGUCCUGUCGUUCGGGUACACGCUGCUGCAUGACCCCUUCACCAUGAGGAACAUUCUGGGCAUCCUCGUCGCCAUAUUCGGGAUGGCGCUCUACUCCUACUUCUCGGUCCGGGAGAGCAAGAAGAAGUCGGCAGGCGACCCACUUCCCGUGUCGCAGAUGCCGGAGAAGGAGGUGGAGCCGCUCCUGGCGACCAAAGACGUCAACGGUGACACCAAGAAGGCGAACGGCGUGACCCACGACUGUUGAAUAUAUGUGUCUCAUUUGUUUUAGCAUUUAGCCCAGCAUUUAGCUGUGUAGCACCGGCACACGUAAGCCUACCCGUUGUAUCUGAAAUUCUGAAUGGCCGGGGAACCCGUUCCUUUCCAUUUGUCGAUUUCUUGCGCUUUGUAAGAAGCGGAGUACCUGUCGUCGGAGCCGGUACAGGCAGCAGCCCAAAAAACUCGAGGCCCCCGGCACCACGAGACGUACGAGACUGCUCCGGCCCCUGCUUCUGGAUGGAUGAUACGCAAAGCCCCGUGUAAGAAAAAGUCCAUUUGGAGUCCCUCAUAUUGGCCGAAUUUCUAUUAAAAAAUUCAUUGGCCGAACUUAAUUUGAAUCUCUCA